AAACAUGAAGUCAUAUCUCACAUUCACAAACUGAGCAAUGCUCGAGAUCAUGAAGGAAACACACCGUUACACACAGCUAUAAACAAUCGUCAAUUCAACAAGGUGAAGGUUUUACUUGAAUAUUGCUAUGGAGUUGAUCUUAAUGCCGUCAACAAUAAUGGUGAAGCACCUAUUGAUUUAAUUCAAUCUCAAACUUAAGUGCCUCACGAGAUCAUGGAACUCAUCAGACAAAAGUAUCCAAUGCCUCGAAGCUUAUAUGGAAUGUCAGAAGCAGCAACGAAGGAAAACGUGAACAUCCUAUUAGUGAUUGCUGUACUCCUUGCUACUAUCACAUUUGCUGCAGGUUUCACGGUUCCAGGAGGAUUUGAUGAACAAAAUGGUGAUCCAGUUCUCAUAAGACAAGCAGCAUUUAAGGUGUUCAUAAUUUCAGAUACAUACGCAAUGUGCUGUUCAAUGCUAGCGUUGUUCUCCCUAAUCUGGGUUAUGACAGGAAGAACUUCAGAGUCACUCAAACUUAUUGACCUGAGCGUCUUUGUUCUGCAACAAUUGUUUUAUGGAACAACUCUAGCUUUUAUGACAAGUGUUUAUGUGGCAAUAUCCAUCAAGGCAUUAUGGACUUUUAUCCUUGUAUGUGUGCUCUGCUCUUGUUUAAUCAUUUGUUCUUUAAAGCCAUUGAAUUUACGUCUUUCUAGGAUAUUUCCUCUUAUUCCUGGUUGCCUUCAUACUGUUGCCACAAAAUGUGCUUGGCUUCCUUGUAUCCCUUGUAUAUGGUUGGCUUGGCUUUCAGGUUGCUGCGAUUGUUGGGAUAAGAAUUAUUGAAAUAUUCCUUAUAUAUGUAAGUUAUUUUAUAUGUAAAGAAAUGGUGAACACCCCUUAUUUGUCUAUAAUGCAUGUUGUUUUAGCUAUAUUUUA